GAUGUUCCCCCCAGUAGCGGAAUAGCAGCAGCAGCAGCAGCAACAGCGGCGGUGUGUGAAUGUGGCAAUCGAGGUAGACAGGGAGGGGUGGAAAUACUAACCGGACCGGUGUGGUUCUCAUUUUUGGGUCCCGUUUUGCUGUAUUUUUCGUUUCCUGUACCGCCAGGCCGUCACGGUCGACACCACGCCACGUUUAGGAACUUGUUUGCGGGGCUGCGGAGCCGGUUGGCGCUUUUCUUCGGGACUAAGUGCUGUCGUUGUGGAAAUAGUCCAGAAGAAAGACGGGAAGGCAGGAACAACAUGGGGCGAUAAUAAAAAAAUGUGUUGUGUGGCGAACCGACGAUGACUCUCUGGGAGGACCCCUGAAGCCUAUUUAUUUUUAUUUAUUACCCAUUUUUACCCCCCACCCCCUGUAGCCUCUUUUGUAUUAUUCCCACCUUGUUAGUUUGGGGAAUCUUUUUAAGGGAAAAGGCAGCGUUACAAGAGGACUGAAGGAUGGACCAAGCCGGCAUCCUGAGAAACUUUAUCCAGAGGGUGAAGGCCAUGAGCGAACUGGACGAGGACAGGGCAGAGGACAACUUCGGCAGCGACUUUAUGCGGUUGCGGCGGCUAUCAACCAAGUACCGAACGGAGAAGAUCUACCCCACCAACGUAGGAGAGAGGGAAGAAAAUGUGAAGAAGAACCGAUACAAAGAUAUACUGCCAUUUGACCACACUAGAGUAAAGCUGACAUUAAAAACAACCAAUCAGGACACAGAUUACAUCAACGCAAACUUUAUUAAGGGUGUUGAUGGCCCAAAAACCUACAUCGCAACUCAGGGUCCGCUCCCAAACACGGUCAUCGACUUCUGGAGGAUGAACUGGGAGUACAAUGUCGCUGUUAUUGUAAUGGCUUGCCGAGAAUUUGAGAUGGGAAGGAAAAAAUGCGAGCGGUAUUUUCCAUCACGAGACGAGGAGCCCUUGAGUUUCGGCCCUUUCAGAAUCUCCUGUGAAUCAGAGCAGCAAAGAACAGACUACUUUAUCAGGACUUUGACGGUGCAGUAUAAUAACGAAACACGGCGGAUAUCUCAGUUCCAUUAUAUCAACUGGCCUGAUCACGACGUCCCAUCGUCGUUUGACUCCAUAUUGGAUAUGAUCGGACUAAUGAGGGAAUACCAGGAGAACGAUGACGUUUCUAUUUGUGUUCACUGCAGUGCAGGUUGUGGGAGGACGGGGGCUAUUUGUGCCAUUGACUACACGUGGAAUCUCCUCAAAGCUGGGAAAAUUCCAGAGGACUUUAACGUUUUCCGGUUAAUCCAAGAGAUGAGGACACAGCGGCAUUCUGCUGUUCAAACAAAGGAGCAGUAUGAGUUGGUUCACAGAGCGAUCGCUCAGCUUUUUGAGAAACAACUGCAGCUUUUGGAGAGCCCCACCAGCACGCAGAUACAUGAUGGCAUGAACAAAAGCAGUCCGGACAAAACAAGCAUUCAGUCAGAUGAGGGACGAUGGGACACUCCGCCGCCUAAACCUCCUCGCAUUCGCAGUUCGCAGGUGGAAGGUGACGUUAAGGAGGAGAUUCUCCAGCCCCCCGAGGCUCACCCCGUCCCCCCGAUUCUCACCCCGUCUCCCCCGUCUGCUUUCCCCACCGUCACCAACGUACGGCAGGACAACGACCGCUACCAUCCCAAACCCGUCAUACAUGUCCUGGAUACCACACAGCGCAGCCUGAAAGAGAACGAAGAAGCGAAUAAGCAGCAGAACCAGUCCGAAUCCAGUCUCCACAAACCUGCCAGCCAAUCAAAGCCCAGAGAUCUGAAUGUACAAAGCCAGAAUCAGCAGACCCAGGUCUCACACCUGGAUCUCAACGACAACUACAACAACAAAUCUUCGUCAAAGUCGACAAAGUCUGAAUUGGGCCCGAGCCAGACUCCGACUCCCUCCUCGCCCCUGUCGCCGGUCGUCGAAUGCUGCGGCGCCCCUCGGAUCGAGAGGAAGCUCAGCAUAGAGAUCAAGAAGGUGCCGCUGCAGGAAGGACCUCGCAGCUUCGACACCUCCUCCUCCACAGGAGCCAACAAUUCGACUAACAGUGGCUCCACGCUGCAAAGGGCCCACGCCUUCAAAGCCCGGUCCGGUCAAACCCUGCUGACGUCCAGCUCUUCUCUGUCGGAGGACUCCGGGACGGAGGGGGGGUCGGGCGGAUGCGGAGAGAGCCACUCGGAUGAGGGUGUCCUAACCAGACCGAACCACCUUCCCGUGACGAGUGACGGCAAGAAGAAGACGCAAGACGCGAAACCCGGCCACACGACAUGGACGCACUCCUGCAACAGCCCCGAAAAACCGUUUCCCAAGACCUCCUCCUCCUCUUCUUCCUCGGACAGAGCCGCUCCUUCCUCCUCUUCCUCGUCCCACAUAUCCUCCUCCUCAUCGUCGUCGUCCUCCUCCACUCCUGUCAGGACUGCCCUGAGUUUCACCAACCCCCUGCACUCCGAUAACUCUGAAGAGGAGGGGAACGAGGAGAUGUCCGAGCUGAAGGAGAGUUAUCAUAAAAACGUCUCCACGGCGACAGGCACCGUGACCACCUCGCCUCACCUGGAAACCCAGCAGUCCAUCAGAAAGGUGCUGCCCAUGUCCAUCGCGGGACAGACCAUCCCAUCACCCUCUGCAAGCCCAGCAAACUGCUGGGACACUGACGACUCUCCUCCCCCUCUCCCUGAGAGAACCCCCGAGUCCUUCAUACUGGCCACAGAUCCUCUGGAAGUGAAAACAUCAGCCUUAGCUGAAUGGAGCUGCUCACAAACAGAUGUCUCUGAUUGUUGUGAGGCAUCGCCAGCGGUGUCUGCAUCAGACGGCGGCACGGCAGGAGUUAGCCAAGUAGACCUGGGUGGGGUUCGGUAACCGCUGCAUUCAGCCCAAAGGCCCUCGAGAACCCUCUGUGAAGUGGACAUGAUGGAAGGAUCCAUCCACCAUCGGCUGUUUUCCCUAUUAGGAUACGGAGUCCAGACUGGUUGGCCCAAACGAAAACAAAAAAACAGAACAGGCUGUCACACAGGAAAAUAAAAUAUAAGAGACUUUUAUUCCUGAGUUUUUGCUCCUCACAUUGUUGACUUCUGUAGAAGCUGACAUGGGAUCUCUCUCUGUUAAACUGAUAGCGGGCUAAAAGAAGAGCCUAGUUUCUUCUUCUUUUUUUUUUUUUUUUUUUUUUUUUACACUAAAUGAAGCGAGAUCUAAGAGACUUUUAAACUAGUUUCAAGCCAAAUGAGAAGAAAAGCAACUUCAUCAGGAAAAGCUAGAGAGCAGGGAAGCAGUUCUCUGUCCCAGAAGUGGUUCCGCUGCCUCCCGCUGAACGAACAAUCUUCAAAGCGAACUUAGAUAAUCUCGUACUCAUGAUGCAACCUUUUCAGUUGGGUAUGCAGAGGUUGCCUGGGUACUUUCUCUGACUUCUUUUGUAUUGCUGUCUCUCUCUUUGUCUCUUCUUUCUGGUGCUACUUCACUCGAGAUCAGGAUAGAUACCGGAGCACUGGGGGUUUAACACCAUUCAGUAAUUCGUCAACUUUGUUGUGGUUUCUCUAUCGGGUUCCACUGUUUCCCAUUUUUAUGCCCUUUUUUUUUUUUUUGUUGGCGUCCGUACGCUAACAGGAUUUGUUAAUUGCUUGAUUUUCCCCUUAAAUCUGACUUUGAGUCACUAAUGUUUGCGAAUUUUCUAUCUUUCUUAUGUGCUUUAAUCUAUUUCCUACCGAGUCUGAGAAACACAAGAACAGAAAGUAUUUUUUUUUUCACUGAGUCUUUCAGACCAAUCAGAUGUAGCUUGGGCUGCAAGAUUGAUGGGGAGUUUUCGAAACGGCAGAAAAUUCAUAAUAAGUCAUUUGCAAAAUUGAAAAGAUCAAUCAUUUAUUUAUUAGGACUUAAAAUCUAAAAAAAGAAAAUGUAUGUUUCUGGUUUGCUCUUUUCGGGCCCCCUGGUAAAGAUGUGUCAAAAGCCUAAAACUAAAUUAAUUUUUUAUUCCAGUAGCACAAUCCUACACUGAAAUCUGAUUUUUAGUUAAGAAUAUUUGCUGUUAAUUAAUAUUAACAGAAAGACCUCUAGUUGUUUUGUACUCUUUUCAGUAUUCCCAUGGUCUGUGGAAGAGAAACGGGCCCACAGCAUCACGGAUCCACUACUAUACAUAACAGUAGGCACAAAACGGUUUCAGCAUCUUCACACCAAAACCCACCUGGACUGAUUAAUGUGGAAAAGUUUCAUAUUAAUCCUGUCUGACCAAAAUCCUUCUGAUCACUGUUCUAGAGCUAGUAGAAACUUAGUAAAUUAUAAAAUAAUGGAAAAGUGUAAAUUAUGACAUGCUUAAGUUGCAUUUAGUUCAUUGAAAGAGGGACCAACGAUUGUUCCAGCUGUGACUUUGUUUAAAAACAAUCUUAACUUUUGUCCCCUCGCCGAAUAAAUGUACUGACAUUACAUGCUGGACUUUUCAACAUUUCUCUGUAAGAAAUUGUUUCUCUAAUAAAAUAUGAAUAUUUU